AUGGACUACAUACCUACCUCAGUUACUCACCAGCCCAACAGCAUGAAGGCCUACACGACGCCAAGGGAUACGCACAACCCGGAAGAGAACCAGAGAAAUGCCAACGUUGGGUACGAGCUUGUAAACGAGAAAAAUGUGACAAAGGAUACAUACAUUUGCUCUCUGCAUUUCCUCGGUGGAAAAGGGCCAACAAUUGAUGAUCCAGACCCAAUACCAGCAACAACAACAUCUGGACAGGUGGAGAAAAUAGCCCGCAAAAGGAAAGCUCCUACCCAAAGAAAUGAGGCUGUUUCUGAAGCAAAGAGAAAGAGGAAAAGAUUGACCCACAACAACACUCCAUCGUCAAGCACACCGAGUAGCCACGAGACAGAACAUGAAUCGACUGAUCUUCACAUAAAUGAUGAUACCACAGCUGCAACAGCCCUUCUGGACCUUUCUUCAGUUUCAGAUCUUUCAGCUCAAAUCAUCACGGAUAGCUUUGAUAAGAUGGACCAAUCCUGUCAGACCGAUGCUACAUGUGAUGAACUGAUUAAGUUAAAACUGGAAAACAAGAUUCAAAAAGAUGAACUCUCAAAGUGCAGAGAGCAAGAUGUAAAUGCACAGCAGAAAAACCCCUUUUUCUGUUGAUGAUGUCAGAAAUGAUGACAAGC